GAGCACGUUAGAAAGCCUGGCCAUGGCCUGACUCGGGACAGCUCACACAGGGCACAACUGGGGACGCUGGGAGCCGAGCCAUCCCUCUGCAUGGAUGAUCUGGAGCCAACCCAUCCUUGGAGGAACUGGGGGUGAGGGAAGAGGGACAAGGAUUCUGUGCCAGGAGGAACCCGGAGCCAGGAGACCCCAUUUGCAGGAAGCGCCAACAGAUGCGACCCCUUCACAGGGCCUGAAUUUCCUGCUGCUAUUCACAAAGAUGCUUUUUAUCUUUAACUUCUUGUUUUCUCCACUUCCAACUCCGGCACUCAUCUGCAUCCUGACCUUAGGAACUGCCAUCUUCCUGUGGCUGAUCAACAGACCGCAGCCAGUCCUCCCUCCUGUGGAUUUGAACAACCAGUCGGUGGGAAUCAAGGGAGGAGCACGGAAGGGUGCUGGCCAGAAGGACAAUGACUCACAUUACUACUUCUCAGAUGCCAGGACGCUGUAUGAAGUUUUCCAAAGAGGACUUGCGGUGUCUGAUAAUGGGCCUUGCUUGGGAUAUAGAAAACCAAACCAGCCCUACAGAUGGCUGUCUUACAAGCAGGUGUCUGAUCGAGCAGAAUACCUGGGCUCCUGUCUCUUGCAUAAAGGAUAUGGGUCAUCAACAGACCAUUUCAUUGGCAUCUUUGCUCAGAAUAGGCCAGAGUGGAUCAUCUCUGAGUUGGCUUGUUACACAUACUCCAUGGUAGCCGUCCCCCUGUAUGAUACCUUGGGAGCAGACGCCAUCAUAUACAUUGUCAACAAGGCUAAUAUCUCUGCGGUGAUCUGUGACACUCCCCAAAAGGCAUCUCUCCUGAUAGAGAAUGUGAAGAAGGGCCUCACCCCAGGCCUGAAAUUGAUCAUCCUCAUGGAUCCCUUUGAGGAUGACCUAAAGGAAAGAGGAGAGAAAAAUGGAGUUGAGAUCUUAUUGCUGUUUGAUGCUGAGAAUCUAGGCAAAGAGAACUUCAGAAAACCUAUGCCCCCUAGACCAAAAGACCUGAGUAUCAUCUGCUUCACCAGUGGGACCACAGGUGACCCUAAAGGAGCUAUGUUGACCCAUGAAAAUAUUGUUGCAAACAGUUCUGCUUUUCUCAAAUGUGUGGAGGUCAUGUAUUUUCAAGCCACCACUGAGGAUGUGUCCAUUUCCUACCUCCCCUUGGCUCAUAUGUUUGAGAGGAUUGUACAGACUGUCAUGUACUCUUGUGGUGCCAAAGUCGGUUUCUUCCAAGGAGAUAUUCGGUUGCUUCCUGACGACAUGAAAACUCUGAAGCCCACAGUGUUUCCUUCUGUGCCUCGACUACUCAACAGAAUCUACGAUAAGGUACACAAUGAAGCCAAGACACCCUUGAAGAAGUUCUUGUUGAACCUGGCUGUUUCCUGUAAAUUCAGUGAAGUAAAAAAGGGUAUCAUCAGGCGUGACAGUUUCUGGGACAAGCUCAUCUUUGGAAAGAUCCAGGACAGCCUUGGCGGGAGGGUUAGCAUCAUGGUCACUGGAGCUGCCCCCAUCUCCAGCCCAGUUUUGAUGUCUCGGGCGGCAAUAGGAUGUCCGGUGUUUGAAGCUUAUGGCCAAACAGAAUGUUCUGGCUGUACAUUUAUUACUGGAGACUGGACAUCAGGCCACGUCGGAGUCCCCCUGGCUUGCAAUCAUGUGAAGCUAGAAGAUGUGCCUGACAUGAACUACUUUUCAGUGAACAGUGAAGGAGAGAUCUGCAUCAAGGGCAUCAAUGUAUUCCAAGGAUACCUGAAGGACCCUGAGAAGACCAAGGAGGUUCUGGAUGAGGACGGUUGGCUUCACACAGGAGACAUUGGUCGUUGGCUCCCGAAUGGAACUCUGAAGAUCAUUGACCGUAAAAAGAACAUUUUCAAGCUGGCCCAAGGAGAAUACAUUGCUCCAGAGAAGAUAGAAAAUAUCUACAUCAGGAGUAAUCCGGUGUCGCAAGUUUUUGUGCACGGGGAUAGCUUACGGUCCUCCUUAGUGGGAGUGGUGGUUCCUGACCCAGAAGUGCUGCCCUCCUUUGUAGCCAAACUUGUUAAAGGCUCCCUUGAAGAACUGUGCAAAAACCAAGUAAGUUAUAAAUAAAGCCAUUUAGAAGACUUGCAGAAAAUUGGGUGAGAGGAAAGUGGUCUAAAAUCCUUUGAACAGGUCAAAAGCAUCUUUCUUCAUCCAGAACCAUUUUCCAUUGAAAAUGGGCUCUUGACCCCAACAUUGAAAGCAAAGCGCGGAGAUCUUGCCAAGUACUUUCAAACCCAAAUCAAUAGCCUGUAUGAAAAUAUCCAGGAGUAGGUUUGCUGCUGAGCCGGAAGCUACAGGGGAAGGAGUUUAAACUUAUGCCAAGUGCACUUUUCCAGUAAAUGAAGCUAGCACUGAGGAAAAGCCUCCUGAACUGGGAACAAAGGCCUAUGGACAAGCAUGAGGCCUUCACAACAGGCUUAUCUUCUGGGAAGGAACUGACUGAUCUUUACUGGACUCCAGUUCCUGCUGUACCUCACCCUCAGACAACACAUGUUGCUUCCACUUGUAAAGUCUUUAAAAUAAACCACUGCAAACACUUA